CAGCAGGUUCAGAGUGGAAAGGUUGGCAGGAAGAAGAAAUGGCAGCCGGCGGCGCGCUGCGGCGUUGGCAGUGACCAAAAUGGCAAAUUUCUCGAUAGACCAUCGCUCACACGCUCACGUAUUACUUUAAAAUGAGGAAUAUACUUUAAAAUCCGAUAGAUUUUCAAAUAGGAACGCGUUUAAAGACGCAUGGCUUUACUAUAUGAGAUGGUUUGGCGGUUUUUGCACGCGCUGCUCUAUGUUCAGCGCGCGCUGCUAGCCUGGUUCCGAGUCCACAUCUGGAGAUGGAAACGAGCUGUGGUGGGGUUAUUACUGCCCCUUGCCCUUGGCUUUCAUAAUCAGAAAAAGGCUGGACGCACUGGCAAACGGUCUAGCCGCCAGGUUCGCUGGGGAGCCGAAGGCAGGACGUUAGAAAAGCUGCCCAUUCAUGUGGGGUUAUUGAUCACUGAGGAGGAGAUCCACUACACUGACAUUGCCAAUCUAGUGGUCUGGUGCAUGGCAGUGGGCAUCUCAUAUGUCAGUGUGUAUGAUAAUCAAGGUGUCUUCAAGAGGAAUAACUCCAGACUCAUGGAGGAGAUCCUGAAAAAGCAGCAGGAGCUUUUGGGAAUGGACAGCUCCAAAUACUCGGUGGAGUUUUUGAAGAACGGUACAGAUAAACAAGAGCAUCAAGUUUUAUCUUGUCAGUCAGUGGUAAAGGUCUUAUCUCCAGACGAUGGGCGGCUCAGUAUCGUCCAGGCAGCCCAGCAGCUCUGUAGGGCCGUCGAGCAGAAGGAAAGGACAUCCAAAGACAUUGAUGUCAAUGUGAUGGACUCAUUACUCAGAGAGUCGGAAAACAUACCUGACCCAGACCUGGUGCUGAAGUUUGGCCCUGUGGAAAGCACACUUGGUUUUCUUCCCUGGCACAUCAGACUAACAGAGAUUAUCUCAAUGCCGUCCCACAUAGACGCCUCUUACGACGACCUAUUCGGCGCUCUGCAGUGCUAUGCGGUGUGUGAGCAGCGGCUGGGCAAGUGAGGAACGGUCCGCAGAGAGCCGAACUGGGACUGGGUCCGCAGAGAAGGAACUGAACGAGCGAGAGGGGAUGAAGGGGGUUCAUCCAUCCCUCUCUUCAUGUUUACAGUAGAAGCUCUGGAGCCUCUGCGCCAGCAACACGCCUCUGCUGCUCUUCUCCGUCUGGAUCAUCUCUGCUCCUCUCCGCCAAGCCCUCCUUGUGUGUGUGAGAUUAUGCUUGUAUGUUUGUGUAUGUGUGAGUCUCCGUGAGCAACUACACGCAGAAAAGUACACGAGCGCUGCCCUACGUUACGCCCACCAGCAAGCCGUUCACAAAGAACAUUAAAGAAACGUUGCUAUAUGGUGUAAAUGUACUCUUUUUCCUUGGCCGUAUCUCUGGACACAGUCGAAUGACGACAGUCUGUGUCAGUGCACUGAACUCUACAGAAUUUGCAUACUGUCAUCCGUCUCUCAUAGUGCGACUUUUGAGCCCUUGAAUAAUGUACUGUUGGUGAACUACACGAUUAAAUACACUUCUAGUUGCUCAGCUGCUUUCAGACCGUGAAAACGUGCGAGGGUUUUCUAUUCGGCAAAUCUUCUGCAUGCUUAAUCUGUCAUAUGGCAACUCCAUGAAGGCUUUCCAAGCGCGCUGUAAACGGUUCUGUAAUUGUGUUGUUUGAAUGUGCGCGAGCAUGCCACAAAUGACGCCAAUUAGCAUCAAACCCCGAAGUUUGUCAUUUCAAGUGCGUAAAUUGAUUGCUCUACAUUGUCAACCCCCGAAAGCUCUUGUUGUUUGUAAUGGCUUGUGGCUCUAAUUGUUUUUAUUUGAUUUUACUUUAAGCAGUAAAUAUUUUUUCAUUCAAAA